AUGAGUUUUCCAAAGCCAAUUCUCCUUGCCGCCACUCUGUUGCUGAGUGUUGUCAGCAGAACGGUGGCCGCUCCAGUCCCUUCCCUCGACCUUUUCCCUCGCGGCACCGGCGAGAUUGGAGAUUUUCUGGAAACUCGCGGCGAGGAUGUCUAUCUUCGAUUUCGUGAGGCAGGUGAAGAAAGUAAUAUCGGGGAGAUUACCAAACCCAAGUUCCCUAUGAAAUCCAAGACUACGAUCACCAAGACCAAGUCUCCUCGAAAGCCUACUCGUGCCAGAAAGCUCAAAGAGUCCAACAUCUGGACGAAAAAGGUUUCUGGGAAGCUCGGUGCCAAAAAUGCUGCUGCCAGCAAGGUUGCCGCACACAAAGCAAAGGGUUCCAGAAAGUCCACCUUUGAGAAAUAUGCCACUGGAGCCGAUUCGAAGAAGACCAAAUCACGCUCAGGACAAAGUCGUCAUAGAGGCCCAGAGCGCAAGGGAAAUGCGGGCGACCGCAACCAAGGGCCCCCCCGGAGGCGCAUGAGAAAACGCAACGACAAGCCACGACCCGUUUCUCCUCAAGGUUCAAACCCACCCUCCGGGCAUUCCUCGCGUGUUUCUGCGGAGAGCGACAGAUCAAAAACACCCAACCCACCACCGAGACCACAAACGCCCAGACCACAAACACCCAGCACAAGACCACCUAGCAACACCGCUCCGAAACCGCCUCUAAACUUGAACAAGCCACUUCCACCGACCCCUACCAAUAGGUCACCUUCACCCGGGCCUGCCAAUAGAAUUCAGAAUGCCAUCAAGAAGGUCAAAUCUUUUAUCAAGCCCAAGAGAGGCUGA